AUGUCAACCUCUUCAUCCAACGUCACGCCCCAGUACAUGACGGUGAUCCCACCUGGAGCUCUUUCACGAUCCUCCGGAAUGCCAAGGGCACCAUGCAUGUUGAUGUCCACAACCACAGAGACAGCCGUAACUACGCUACCUCUUUUGGCAACCACAGCUCUGGAGGACUUUGGGUCCAAGACAACGACGGUGGGGCAUGGAGACGACACCCGAACGGUGAAGAGGUCGAGGGCAGGAGAGCGGUAUUCGCUCGUGGCCUAUACCACCCGCACCGUCUUCGAGAUCACCAAGUCCGAGCGGACCAAAGCGGAGCUUCCGAAAGAGCCUUUGGAAAAGGGCGGCGCAGUUGCGUACAUGGUGACCAGGCCAUCCCGACCUACUACGCCCAUCCUCGAGAUUGGCGGCGUGCAUCUGGACGAAGAGAGGCUACCGCAAGCGAAGGCAAUCGUCUGGGAGGCAGCAGAACAACAACUACGCGAUGGAAGAACCGUGGUCUUCGAGAAGGACGAAGAGAUGGGUCCGCUGUGGAGCGAGUGCAAGAGAAAGUGGGAGAACUACGCGACCGAAACCGUGUGGAUAGACGAUCACCGAGAAUGCCUACGUGUUCGGUCGUCUCCACCGACAACCGCCUACCCCACCGAGAUCGUGGACGCAGAGAAGGAGGCACCCAAGGAUUUCGACGGAGCUCGGGGUAUUACCCUCGGAAAGAACAUCCCGCCCCAUGUGUCUUCCGCUCUCAAACGCUUGCAUCAGAAUCUCGGCCACCCAAGCCAGGCGGAUUUCUUGAGACAUCUCCGGCUAGCAGGUGCUUCACCCGCAGUCCUAAAGGCAGCCAAGACGCUGCAAUGCCAGACGUGCACCCGCACUAAAGCCACGGCCAUCGCCAAGCCGGCUGCUGUGGGCAACUUCCUCCAGUUCAAUCAGGUGAUCGGUGCCGAUCUUAUCUAUGUCCAUGACACCGACGGCGUGAAGCACGAACUCCUAUCGCUCGUCGACUUCUCCUCUUCCUAUCACAUCGUGAUCCCUGUCCCGAGGAAGAAUGCCAAUGUUCUGGAGGGCGCCCUAUGCGACCACUGGAUCAAUGUAUUUGGUGCCCCAGGAACUAUUGCCGUCGACCUAGAGAACGGCCUACAGAAGGCUUUCGGGCGCAUUGGCGACUGGACUGGAAUGAAGAUACGAAGCUGUGCAGGUCAAGCCCACUACCAGGCCGGAUUCACCGAAAGACAGGGCGGGAUCUGGAAAGCAAUCUUCAACCGGAUCAAUGAGGAGAUGAGUGUCACCAAGGACGAGAUCAAGUUGGCGAUUGCCGCUACGUCCAAUGCGAAGAAUGAGCUCAGGAAGGUGUCCGGAUAUUCACCAUCCCAACAUGUCUUCGGAACUACACGCAAUCUGCCCGAGGACUUACUGGAUGGCCCCGCUAACCAGAACCCCGGCGACGAGAUCUUUGUUGGCGACAAGCAUGCACGAGAGGUUGCUAUUCGAUCGGCCGCCCGUGCAGCCUUUCACCAAGUGCAAGUUGACCAGCAAGUUCGGCGUGCACUACAUGGUCGAAGUCGAGUUCAAGCCCGGGACAUUCAGGUUGGCGAGCAGGCUUUCUACUACCGCAAGUUCAAGAAUUCCAAAAGGGGAGCCUGGCAUGGACCUUGUUCCAUCAUAGGCAGAGAAGGCCCGAACUACUGGGUGAGCAGAAACGGACGAUGCGUCAUGGUGUCACCGGAACACAUCAGGCCGGCGACACCGGAAGAACUCGGCGAGGUGUUCAAUUUGCGG